CAUAUAGGCUGGGUUGUGUGUUCCUGUGAACAGGCUCCAGUCCUGGACUCCACUGAGACCACACUGAGGUCGAGAUGCUCAACAUGGGGGCUGUGCUGCUCUUACUAAUUGGUGUGACUGAUGGUGUGAAGACCUUCUGCGAUGCCACGCAGCCAAACAUCGCAACCCAGUGCUUUGGCUGUCUGGGAGGAACCUUGGAAGUCCAGCUACCUAAGACCUCACAAGAUGAUACCUACAGACUGAUGAAAAAGUCAGACAAUAGUACAUACUCAAUGGAUGUACAUGAUGCAGUUGGGCAGGAAGUAGAAAGAACAACAUGUUAUUUAACCAUUCAAGCCCCGGUCUCCUCUCCCCUCCUGUCCCGGGAGUGUCUAUACACGGGACAGCAGAGGGUGUCCGGCUCUGCUGAGGGAGGGGGGGCACUGCACUACAGCUUCAGUCUAGACGGACUCCCGCUGAACGGCACGCGUCUCCUCUCCGGACCCAGUGGCACUAGUGGUGACGUCACUCUGGAGCCGGGCCGGUCGGGUCUGCUCAACUGCUCGGUCCGCAACAACGUGAGCCACGCCGCGGCUAACAUCACCUUGUCUGUGUGUGGCGACCACAUUUCUAUCAUCGCUCGUCCUCUGACGGUGGGAUUGCUGUUCCUAGUAGCAUUGGGAGUCUACUGGGCACUAAAGAAGAAGAAAACCUCAAGACAUCGAGACAUCGCGCUGUCCUCCAUGGCAGUAGAUGAUGGUGUGCCGUACGUUAACGUCUCCGGGGCGACCGGGAGGGCAGGGGGGGAGUGAGGUGGAGUACGGGGCGGUCGAGG